CUGAGAAAUGAAGUUGUGCUAAAAAGCCCUUUUGGCUAUCCAGAAGUUUAUUAGGCGUUUCUCAGCCGGAAAUUAAAGGAUCUUCAUUAAUAGCCCCUCUUCAUCCCAGAUUAGAGCCCAGGGCGAACCUGGGAGAAACCGAAGCGAGAUGGGACGGAAGAAAACUUCGUCGCCAGCGGCGGGGGAAGCUAACUUCUUCUCCACCUUGGGAGGAUCUUCCUGAGUUUCAGUCAAGCGCCGAUAUUGUCACCUUGGGCGCGGGGACAGAAGUAGCCUGAAGGAUCGGUCCCUGAGUCUGCAGAUUCUCGGCCACUUUUUUUCCGCAAAGAGAGAGGAAGAGCUAAAGAGGCCUGGAGAUUCUCAAACGUCUGAAGAGACGCUAUCAUGUCUCUUUUGCCCGGAAUUACAUUUUCAGCCACGACAGGAAGAAAGCCUCAAGGACCCCCUGACUGGAUUGCUGAGCUCUGAAGCCAUCUUGCCACACUCCUCUCUGCCAGUUGCUUUUGGAUUCCCAGAGCUGGAUUCGCAACUUUUACAGCCCAUUGAUAAUCAGCUCCUAAUAAUAAUAAUAAUAAUAAUAAUAAUAAUAAUAAUAAUAAUUGAUGGUCUUACACCUAUCACCGUCCCGCACCCUGAAGCUUAAGCAUUCGCGCGCCCGCAUUUUAAAAUGACUUUGUGAUUUCAAAACAAAGCAACAAACAAAUUUCACGAUGCUUUGCUGGAACUGACCGAUAGACAAUUUGGUCUAUUUUUUUGGAUGCAUCUGUGGAGCUUACACUGUCAGAAAGAAGGGGGAAGAAACCACCAUGAAAGAGAAGUCCAAAAAUGCGGCCCGGACUAGGCGGGAGAAAGAAAACAGCGAGUUUUACGAACUGGCCAAACUGCUGCCUUUGCCUUCCGCCAUCACCUCGCAGCUGGAUAAAGCCUCCAUCAUCAGGCUCACCACCAGCUACCUGAAGAUGCGGGUGGUUUUCCCCGAAGGACUUGGAGAAGCUUGGGGCCACGCUAGUCGAACCAGCCCUUUGGACAACGUUGGGCGCGAGCUGGGAUCUCACCUUUUGCAGACUUUGGAUGGUUUCAUAUUUGUGGUAGCUCCGGACGGCAAGAUCAUGUACAUCUCCGAAACCGCCUCUGUUCAUUUGGGUUUGUCACAGGUUGAGCUGACAGGCAACAGCAUUUACGAGUACAUCCACCCAGCCGACCACGACGAAAUGACCGCCGUCCUCACCGCCCACCAGCCGUACCAUUCCCAUUUCGUUCAGGAAUACGAGAUCGAGCGCUCCUUCUUCCUAAGGAUGAAAUGCGUCUUGGCCAAGAGGAACGCCGGGCUGACUUGCGGAGGCUACAAGGUCAUUCACUGCAGCGGCUACCUGAAGAUCCGCCAGUACAGCCUGGACAUGUCUCCCUUCGACGGCUGCUACCAAAACGUCGGCCUGGUGGCGGUCGGCCAUUCCCUGCCCCCCAGCGCCGUGACGGAGAUCAAGCUGCACAGCAAUAUGUUCAUGUUUCGGGCCAGCCUGGAUAUGAAGCUCAUUUUCCUCGAUUCCCGGGUAGCCGAGCUGACCGGUUACGAGCCUCAGGACCUGAUCGAGAAGACGCUUUACCACCACGUCCACGGCUGCGACACUUUCCAUUUGCGCUGCGCUCAUCACCUGCUGCUAGUGAAAGGUCAAGUUACCACAAAAUACUAUCGCUUCUUGGCCAAGCAAGGUGGCUGGGUCUGGGUGCAGAGCUACGCCACCAUUGUCCACAACAGCCGAUCUUCACGGCCUCAUUGCAUCGUCAGCGUCAAUUACGUGCUCACCGAUACAGAAUAUAAAGGACUACAGCUCUCAUUGGAUCAAGUUUCAGCAACGAAGCCAUCGUUCCCAUAUGCAAACUCAACACCAACAAUCACUGACAACAGAAAAGGAAGCAAGUCACGUCUGCCGAGCACAAAGUCAAAAUCUAGGACAUCUCCAUAUCCACAGUAUUCUGGAUUUCAUACGGAAAGAUCUGAAUCGGACCAUGAAAGCCAGUGGGGUGGCAGCCCACUGACCGACACCGCCUCUCCGCAAUUGAUGGAUCCCAUUGAAAGGCCAAACUCUCAGCAUCAUGAUGUCUCCUGUGCCUAUAGACAAUACUCAGACCGCAGUGCUCUCUGCUAUGGUUUUGCACUUGACCAUUCCAGGCUGGCUGAUGACAGACACUUCCACACUCAGGCCUGUGAAGGCAGCAGGUGUGAGGCCGGCCGAUACUUCCUUGGCACACCGCAGUCUGGGAGGGAAACGUGGUGGGGUUCCCGAUCUGGCCUUCCCUUAACCAAAUCUUCUCCUGAGAGCAGAGAAGCCUACGAAAACAGCAUGCCUCAUAUAACUUCCAUACACCGAAUUCACGGAAGAGGGCACUGGGAUGAAGAAAGCGUUGUCAGUUCCCCAGACCCUGGUUCUGCUAGUGAAUCAGGUGACCGAUACCACUCUGAGCAGUAUCAGGGCAGCCCACACGAGCCCAGCAAAAUCGAGACUCUCAUAAGAGCGACUCAGCAAAUGAUUAAGGAAGAGGAAAACAGGCUGCAAUUGCGGAAGUCGACUCCCGAUCAGCUGGUUUCAAUUAAUGGAGCAGGGAAAAAGCACUCUGUUUGCUUUGCAAGCUACCACCAGCACCAGCAACAACAACAGUUGAGAGGAGAUGCCUGCAGGGUCCCUAGUGUCACCACCACAUCUCCCUGCGAACACACACAGCAACAAGAUGGGAAGAUGAUGAGCCCCCAUGACAAUGACUAUGACAACAGCCCCACGGCACUGUCUAGAAUAAGCAGCCCCAAUUCUGACCGAAUUUCUAAAUCCAGUUUGAUACUGGCUAAGGACUGCCUUCAGUCAGAAGUCUCGCCUCAUCAAACUCCAGGGGAUAACUCAGCAGAAUCCCCAAACUAUUACAAUUCCCAUCGGCAGUACUUUGAUAAGCAUGCGUACACGCUAACAGGAUAUGCUCUGGAGCACCUUUACGACAGCGAAACCAUCAGGAACUAUUCUUUGGGUUGCAAUGGGUCACACUUUGAUGUGACAUCUCACCUACGGAUGCAGCAAGAUCCAGCACAGGGACAUAAGGGGACUUCUGUUAUAAUAACCAAUGGAAGCUGAUGGGUGUUUCCCAAUCCCCUUUUCAUUUCUCUUCUUUUUAAAAAAGUUUGUGCUAGGAAAAAUAUCUUUGCAGUAGCGACAGCAGGCACACAUGUUUUGAUACCCUUGCUGUUACUAGCAUUUGAUAAAACUACAAUGCACUAGAGAGAAUACUUGUAAGGUACUGGGGAAGUGUUGCUUUAUCUAAGUUACUGUUGAAAAUGCACUGGUCUCAGUUAAGGUUACAGUAGUCAGUUGAAUCACAAAGCUGAUGCUACAUUGUAGUGGCGGAGAUCUAUGCUGGGAGCUUCUGGGGUACAUCAAGUGAGCAGAUUUUUCAUUGUGUGGAAAUGUAUGAGGAUGUAGAGGGAGCGACUGAAUUUCUAAGCCGCUGGCCACCUGCCACACCCUCAAAAGACAAAAACCGCUAUGCACUCUUUCCAUGAAAAAGAAAGUGAAAUACAGGCCUUAAGGGAAGAAAAAGCAAAGCUAUCUGUGCAGUUUCUUGUUUGUACUGGUCCUGCUUCUCCAGUGACUGCAAAGAAUGGCUAGAUAAAAGUUAGAGGUCCGGUGUGGUUCUUGGAUAGGGUAUUGGCUAUUAUAUGGGUAUUUGACCUGGAUGCUGACUUGCUGGACAACAAACACAGACAGGAAGAUAACCGCUUGCUGAGGUCAUGUGACAAGGGAGAGACAGAAGGGCGACGAGCCAUUCUUAUCCUGGUUUGGAGUAGUAGAAGAAGUGUAACUGCCAAGGCCACUGACUCCUGGGGCACCAAAUCAUUUUUUUGAAGUGGCAGGGCCUCCUCAGUGUUUGGAAAGGGCCCCCGUGCAAUGUCAGAACGUUGAGUGGUGCUGCGCACGGAUCCCUUCAAUCUUCUGGAAACUGCAUAGUUAUACAGGAGAGGAGACUAUCAGAAUGGUUUUGUGGGAAAUGGUUACAUUCUGGGAAGGAGUAUAGUAGAAGAUAGAGCAUAGUGGAAGUUAAACAAGAAAAGGAAGAGCAUUCAAACAUAAUUCAUUUCCCACAACUUGGCAUGCCCUGUCCUCGGUCUAGCAAUGACUGAGUUGUGUGUGGAGAGAGAACUUCCUGAUUUGCCUAAAUAGGCAUGGGGAACAUUUUGCCCUCCAAAUGGUGCUGAACUGCAGCUCGCAUAAUCACUAGCCAGUGGCCAUGCUUCCUGGGGCUAACGGGAGCUGUAGUUCAGCUACACCUGAAGGGCCAAAGGCUCCUCCUACCUGUGCUAAAAAUAAAUAAUAAUAGAAGGGAUUGUGGAAAAGUCCAACAGAGGUGAUGUUAGAGAGGCUGAGGAUCAGAAACACAGGUGUGUGAGAAAAACAGAAACACAACUCAGGGUGGGGGUUGGAGAGAGAGAGAGAGAGAGAGAGAG